UGACGCUGACCAGAAGGAAAGGAAACAGAGAACAGAGGCUGCCCGGUUCUAUCAUCGAAUGAGACCUGUGUGAGCAAAGACGGUUUUGUUUUGAAGUUCGUUGCUUUCAAAAAUAUCCAAGAAUGACAUUUAGACCCAGUAGGGUCCCACGUACGGUAGACCGAGCAUCAGCCCUGCAGGCCUGCUUUUCUCGAGCUUUGCUUUGGAACAACUUUGAAACCAGUGUCACAAAAUCAGACAAAAGCUGAUAGUAGACAAUUGACCAUGGUGACGACCAGCCGAUAUGACCGUCUUCUUCAAAUCUCUCCCAAGCUCGCCUUUCUCUUGGUGAGCCUUUCCCUGGGCCAACUAGGUGAUGGCUUGAACAUCUUCCAAGGCAUUUAUCUGGUAGGCAUUGGCUGGGAGGAAGGGAGUGUUGGAUUGGCCCUCAGUCUCAUGGGCUUGACCUCCCUGAUCGUCCAGCCAUGGGCAGGAGACUGGGUGGACAAGACGACGGUCGAUCGUCGGGCCUUUCUGUUAACCGCCAGUAUUUUCACGGCUUUAUCAGCGUCCUCCAUCCUCUUGAUCACACCCACCAGUGACCACAUGAUCAUCUACGCUACCAAAGUUGUCGAAGGCAUUACUUCAUCCUUUUUGCAGCCCUGUCUUGCCGCACUGACAUUGGCUUGCUUUGGACCCAAUCAUUUCGAUCAAGUCAUGGCGUCCAACAUUUUGUGGGGACAUAUCGGAUCGGUGGCCUCUGCUGUCUUGGCAGGCAUUGUUUCCUUCGUCAUGUAUCCUAAUAUCAAGCUCUGCUUUCUUGUCAUUGGAGCUUCCGCCUUGAUUGCUUGUUUCUUUGUCCAAUACCUUCCUCAAGGUGAUCCUCGCAUGGGACGUGGAUUUGCCGGCAAGGCUACAACCAGUCUUGAAAAUGAAGCCGACGAACAAAGUCAGAUUCUAGUCAAGCGGGUUGGGUCCAACGAAUCCGAUGAAACAACAACCAGUACCGAAGCAGACAGCGACACUAAUGAUGACAUUCCCGAAGCUGCUUCCUACUGGGAUGUCUUGGCCGAUCGACGAAGUCUCAUUCUUUGCUUCACGGGUUUCUUCUUUCAUUCUGCAAACGCCAAUGUCCUGCUGGUCCUUGGUGAAAUGAUGGGCAAAGGAGGAGACGGUGGCAGUUCGCGUCAUGCCAUUCCCCUCACAGCCGGAAACAUUGUCACAGCACAAGUCACCAUGGCCAUAGCCACCUAUGUUGGUGAUCGACUCACCAAGUCAGGAAUGGGUCGCAAGCCGCUGUUCCUCGCAGGAAUAGCUUCUCUACCCUUGCGAUGUGCUCUGAUUAUCUUGUUCAAAGAUGCGGGCGCAACGGCUCUCAUGUCAACUCAGAUCCUAGAUGGCGUUGCGGGAGGCUUGAUGGGUCUGGUGCAGCCCUACUUGAUCGCCGACAUUACCUUUGGAACGGGCCGUUUCAACGUAUUGAAUGGGUUGAUUGCAUCGUUCUUUGGAAUGGGAGCCACGCUCUCCAACUAUGUCGGACAGAUGGUCGUCCAAAAGUUUGAUCAUGUGACCAGUUUGACGGCUUCCCUCUUUAUCUCGUUGAUUCCAGUUGUCCUCUUCAUGUUCAUGCCAGAGACGAUGGGCAUGAGAACCAGCAACCCCUUGUCGCCUCGCCGCUCCAGUCAGCCUGACCGCAGUUUGUAUGGUUCCUUUGAAUGAGGGCAGCAAUUCUGUUGAGAACAACCAGAUAUGACUUCGAUAUGACCGCAGCGCCAUCCUGGCCACAGCUUGUGUGGUUCAUUCCACUGGGAGAGAGCAGCAGCGUUUCCGAAGUCAGUCCAGACAAUGUAGUUCGCUUCCACUAUGCAUAAGUGGAAGCUUGGUGAAACUUUACCUAACGGAUACCAAUGUAUAUAGUUGCUGAUUUUUAAAGGUCUAGUUAGGCAAAGGUAUCACUUCUUU